GCCGCAGCGUCGGGGCGCUGGGUGCGCGGACUACCGCGGACCGAGUGGACCCGAGUGGGCGGCCAGGCGCUUGCCCGCCCAGUGCCACUGCAGCCGCUGCCUCUCCAGAGCGCAGGACCAGGCACCUCCAGCGCCCGCCGCUGCUGCCGAUGCGGCCCGGAUACUUUUAGCUGGGCGGGAGGGCUGGAGAGCCGGGUCGCCGAGAACCGCCUGCGAGCUGUGCCGAGAGCCGCGCCGACCCGCUGCGAGCAGGGACAGGCGCCUGCCGGCCACCGCCGCCCGGCCGCUAUGGAUCUAUUCGACUUUUUCAGAGACUGGGACUUGGAGCAGCAGUGCCACUAUGAACAAGACCGUAGUGCACUUAAGAAAAGGGAAUGGGAGCGGAGGAAUCAAGAAGUCCAGCAAGAAGACGAUCUAUUUUCUUCAGGCUUCGAUCUUUUUGGAGAGCCAUACAAGGUAGCUGAAUAUACAAACAAAGGUGAUGCACUUGCCAACCGAGUCCAGAACACGCUUGGAAACUAUGAUGAAAUGAAGGAUUUGCUAACUAACCAUUCUAAUCAGAAUCAUCUAGUGGGAAUUCCAAAGAAUUCUGUGCCCCAGACUCCCAUCAACAAAAACGAACCAAGCUUUUUUCCGGAACAGAAGAAUAGGAUAAUUCCACCUCACCAGGAUAGCACCCACCCUUCAGCACCAAUGCCUCCACCUUCUGUUGUGAUACUGAAUUCAACUCUAAUACACAGCAACAGAAAAUCGAAACCUGAAUGGUCACGUGAUAGUCAUAACCCUAGCACUGUACUGGCAAGCCAGGCCAGUGGUCAGCCAAACAAGAUGCAGACUUUGACACAGGACCAGUCUCAAGCCAAACUGGAAGACUUAUUUGUCUACCCAGCUGAACAGCCCCAGAUUGGAGAAGUUGAAGAGUCAAACCCAGCUGCAAAGGAAGACAGCAAUGCUACGUCCAGUGGAGAAGAUGCUUUCAAGGAAAUCUUUCAAUCCAAUUCACCAGAAGAAUCUGAAUUUGCCAUGCAAGCUCCUGGAUCUCCCCUAGUGGCGUCCUCUUUGUUAGCUCCCAGCAGUGGCCUUUCAGUUCAAAACUUCCCACCAGGGCUUUACUGCAAAACAAGCAUGGGGCAGCAAAAGCCAACUGCAUACGUCAGACCCAUGGAUGGCCAGGACCAGGCACCAGACAUCUCUCCAACACUGAAACCUUCAAUUGAAUUUGAGAACAGCUUCGGGAAUCUGUCAUUUGGAACACUCUUGGAUGGAAAACCCAGUGCAGCCAGUUCAAAGACUAAACUGCCAAAGUUCACCAUCCUCCAAACAAGUGAAGUAAGCCUUCCCAGUGAUCCAAGCUGUGUUGAAGAAAUCUUGCGGGAGAUGACCCAUUCCUGGCCUACUCCUCUCACUGCCAUGCAUACUGCUGGACACUCUGAGCAGAACACAUUUUCCAUCCCAGGACAGGAAUCGCAGCAUCUGACCCCAGGAUUCACCUUACAAAAGUGGAAUGACCCAACCACCAGAGCUUCUACAAAGAUGCUUGAGGAUGACCUGAAGCUGAGCAGUGAUGAAGAUGACCUUGAGCCUGUGAAGACCUUGACUACUCAGUGCACUGCCACUGAACUCUACCAGGCUGUUGAAAAGGCAAAACCUAGGAAUAAUCCUAUGAACCCACCCUUGGCCACUCCCCAGCCCCUACCUGCAGUGCAAGCCAGCGGGGGUUCUGGCAGCUCCAGUGAAUCAGAGAGCAGCUCUGAGUCAGAUUCAGACACUGAAAGCAGCACCACUGACAGCGAAUCUAAUGAGGCACCUCGUGCGGCCACUCCAGAGCCUGAGCCACCCUCAACCAACAAGUGGCAACUGGAUAAAUGGCUUAACAAAGUGACAUCCCAGAACAAGUCUUUUAUUUGUGGCCAAAAUGAAACACCGAUGGAGACGGUUUCUCUGCCUCCUCCAAUCAUCCAACCAAUGGAAGUCCAGAUGAAAGUGAAGACAAAUGCCAGUCAGGUCCCGGCUGAACCCAAAGAAAGGCCUCUCCUCAGUCUCAUUAGGGAGAAAGCCCGUCCACGGCCCACUCAGAAAACUCCAGAAACAAAGGCUUUGAAGCAUAAGUUGUCAGCAAGUAGUGAGACAGCGUCUCAAAGGACAAUUGGGAAAAAACAGCCCAAAAAGGUUGAGAAGAACACCAGCAUUGACGAGUUUACCUGGCCCAAACCAAAUAUUACCAGCAGCACUCCCAAAGAAAAAGAAAGUGUGGAGCUUCCUGACCCACCAAGAGGCCGCAACAAAGCCACUGCCCACAAACCAGCACCUAGGAAAGAACCAAGACCUAACAUCCCCUUGGCUACCGAGAAGAAGAAGUACAGAGGGCCUGGCAAGAUUGUGCCAAAGUCUCGGGAAUUCAUUGAAACAGAUUCAUCUACAUCUGACUCCAACACAGAUCAGGAAGAGACCCUGCAAAUCAAAGUCCUGCCUCCGUGCAUUAUUUCUGGAGGUAAUACUGCCAAAUCCAAGGAAGUCUGUGGUGCCAGCCUGACCCUCAGCACCUUAAUGAGCAACAGUGGUGGCAACAACAACUUAUCCAUCAGUAAUGAAGAGCCAACAUUUUCACCCAUUCCUGUCAUGCAAACUGAGAUUCUGUCCCCUCUGCGAGAUCAUGAGAACAUGAAAAACCUCUGGGUGAAGAUUGACCUUGACUUACUCUCUAGAGUACCUGGCCACAACUCCCUCCAUGCAGCACCUUCCAAGCCAGACCACAAGGAGACUGCCACAAAAUCCAAGCGUCAGACAGCUGUCGCCGCUGUGGAGAAACCAGCCCCUAAGGGCAAGCGUAAGCACAAGCCAACAGAAGCUGCAGAGAAGAUUCCUGAGAAGAAGCAGCGCCUGGAGGAGGCCACGACUAUCUGCUUGCUCCCUCCUUGCAUCUCACCAGCCCCACCUCACAAGCCUCCCAACACUAGAGAAAAUAAUUCAUCCAGGAGAGCAAACAGAAGAAAGGAAGAAAAACUAUUUCCUCCUCCACUUUCCCCACUGCCAGAGGACCCUCCACGCCGCAGAAAUGUCAGUGGCAGUAAUGGUUCCUUUGGACAAGACAAGAACAUCUCCAUGACUGGACAAAUCACAUCUACCAAACCUAAGAGAGCCGAAGGCAAAUUCUGUGCUACUUUCAAAGGGAUAUCGGUAAACGAAGGAGAAACUCCAAAAAAGGCAGCCUCUGCCACCGUCACUGUCACCAACACUGCUAUUGCCACUGCCACUGUCACUACUACUGCCAUUGUCACCACCACUGUCACAGCUACUGCCACCGCCACGGCCACCACCACAACUACUACCACUACCAUUUCCACCGUCACCUCUACCAUCACUACUGGCCUCAUGGAUAGCAGUCACCUGGAGAUGACGUCCUGGGCAGCUCUGCCCCUUCUUUCCAGCAGCAGCACUAAUGUCCGGAGACCCAAGCUCACGUUUGAUGACUCGGUUCACAAUGCUGAUUAUUACAUGCAAGAGGCUAAGAAGCUGAAGCACAAAGCUGAUGCACUGUUCGAGAAAUUUGGCAAAGCUGUGAAUUACGCUGACGCCGCCCUCUCCUUCACUGAAUGUGGCAAUGCCAUGGAACGCGACCCUCUGGAAGCAAAGUCGCCAUACACCAUGUACUCUGAGACUGUGGAGCUCCUCAGGUAUGCGAUGAGGCUGAAGAACUUUUCAAGUCCCUUGGCUUCAGAUGGGGACAAAAAGCUAGCAGUACUAUGCUACCGAUGUUUAUCACUCCUCUAUUUGAGGAUGUUUAAGCUGAAGAAGGACCAUGCUAUGAAGUACUCCAGAUCACUGAUGGAAUAUUUUAAGCAAAAUGCUUCAAAAGUCGCACAGAUACCAUCUCCAUGGGUAGGCAAUGGAAAGAACACUCCAUCCCCAGUGUCUCUCAACAACGUCUCCCCCAUCAACGCAAUGGGGAACUGUAACAACGGCCCAGUCACCAUUCCCCAGCGUAUUCACCACAUGGCUGCCAGCCACGUCAACAUCACUAGCAAUGUGUUACGGGGCUAUGAACACUGGGAUAUGGCCGACAAACUGACAAGAGAAAACAAAGAAUUCUUUGGUGAUCUGGACACACUGAUGGGGCCUCUGACCCAGCACAGCAGCAUGACCAAUCUUGUCCGCUACGUUCGCCAAGGACUGUGUUGGCUGCGCAUCGAUGCCCACUUGUUAUAGUGGGUGUUUUCCCAUCUCUAACAUCACGACCCAUCACUCUACCUCUACCAGCGCACUGAUGGUCACUGGUGGAACUCCACUCAUUGGGAAAAGUUCUCUUUGGUUAUAUUUGUUUUUAUGCUUCUUUUGUUAUCUGUGAAAAACAGAAGUCAUUGUAAGUUGACACUACAACCUAAGAGGAGUGUACAUUUUAUUACCUAUUUUUUAGCAUUUGAUAUGCAUUUCUCAGAUCCCACCAUCUUUUUGUGCUUUAUGGAAUGACAGUCCUACAAUAUUGUUUUAAGUCCACACUACCCAAAACAAAGAAUGGGAAACACUUGUGAUAAAGACAGGCUCCUGCGAAAUGCAACAACUGGUCUUACAUAUACAUUAGAAUUUACACACAAGGGACCGUCCCCCAAACUAUACACUUAUGUCCAGAAAAGGACAUAUUUCAGAAUCUAUCAUUAAACUUUUGUGUAUCUCACAGAUUCAGUCUUCAGGUGAGAAUUUUCAUUGUUAAAAUCCACUGGUUAGAUGUUGUAGCAACAUCAUAAAAUCAAAAGCAUCAAGAAAAUAAAUGAGCUUAGCAUUGCUACUCUAAAAAGAUGCUAUGCCACACGACCAGAGGACUUUCUUGUUAACAUCCCUUUCCUGAUUCCCUAUUUUGUUAAUUUUAAUGAUAAGAAGACAUUUAAUAAUGUCAAAAUUUUAUUUUGACAACUUUUAGACAUCAGCUGGCAUCAAUAUUUUUGAACUCCAUUAUUUGAAGUGUAAAUCCUCACCUGGGAUUCUCUGUGUGCAAAGCUCUCUUAUUGAGGAAGAGUUUGGUCGAGGCAUGCCUUAGUAGCUAAAAUGGUACACUCUAGACUUAGAGUUGGGAGUUAAGAGAGGUCUGGAAAGUGUCCAACAAGGAAUUCACACCUCUGCCUCCUUUGCAACAUUUACACAGUUGGUAAAUGGUCCAUAACUGGCAGGAUUUUUAAAUUGUAUUUGGCUCAAAUCUAUGGAAACAAAAGUCAAGUUAUCACUAUCUAGAAGUAAUAUUAUAUAGUUUUCUUCCUAGUGGCUUGAAAAUCUGAACUUCUUCAAUUAUUAUUCACAUUUUCUCUCUUAUAGGGUUUCUUUUUUCUACUUUCUUUUUUCUCUCAUCUGUUUCCUUUUCCUUUGUUUGGCUCAUUAACUUUUGACUGAAUUACAAUUACUGAUUUUAUUGAAGGCCAUAUUAUCAUGAAUUAUUUCCAUGAAAAUUCCUAAGGAAAUUCUAAAUUCUAAAUAGUAGCUAGCUUUUUUUUUAAUGAGCCUUGGGGUAGUGCUUCACCCUGAGAUGCUUUGAAAGAGCCCUAAACAUAGAGAAAAAUUCACCUAAUUUGGAUACAUUUCCCAUUGGUUGUGACUACCCCAUUAUGAUUCUUUACAUUCAUUUGAUGUCCCUAAACAUCACAAUGUAAAUAUCAUUUUUGAUGUUCCAGCUCACCAGAAGAUUCUUACACUUGUAGUAAACACUACCCAUGCAUUACUUACUGGUAAUUACCUGCUGGUAUAUAAUUCCAUGUAGCCUUUAAUAUGCUGAGUUAUCGAAUUCUGUUUACUGAGCUAUGACCAGAUAAAUAAUAGAUAUGCACAUGAAAGAUGCAAACUUGUAUGAUUAUUAAAGCAAGUCAUGCAGGUCCAUGAUAGAAACAGCAGGUGAUCACUCGGUACUCUCAUUGUCAAGGUUAGAUAUAUCCCCAUUUGCAAACAGCCAGACUUAAGCUGUGCUCUGGUCAUCUUUGAUUUUAAGGCCCUUUGUUGUAUAAGGCUGUGGAAGUUGUACUCCAAUGGCUGAAGCCAUGUUGUUAAUAUGGCUGAUGGGAGCAUCCCAGCAGCUGAACCCCGCACUUUUUAUGCUCCCACUGUGGUUGAGCUUUAUGUUUAUAGUCUCAACAACAACACUUAUGCAUGUACACACACACACAAAUGAAACCUGAAAGAAUCUUUUCUGAGCCUCUUAAAAGAGGAAAAUAACAACAUUAAAGACUGAACACCCAAGGUUAGUGUCACAUAUAAAAAUUUAGCUGAUGACUUUGCAAUGACUCAAGUUCUUUCUUUAUCAUGGUUUACCAGGUAGAGUGCCUGGCUAUUACUAUAUAAUGAAGCCCACUAACUUGACUUGUGGCCUAUAUCACAGUCCUAGACCAUCAUGGAUUUAGGAGUAGAUUCUUCUUGAAAUCCCACAUCCAGAAACUAGACAUUAGAAUGUUGGGUCAGUUUUCCAGAGAAACAAGCAUAUUGCUUCAUGGAUGAAAGACCUGUAGUUCUAGUUUCAGUGACUUGUUAUAUCUAUUUACAUACAACAGGGAGGCAAGAGGACUCUCUGUCAUCUCUGGUGACUGAGUGUAAAAUAUGUGCCAAGUCAGCAGCACAAUGACCACAUCUGACAAUCGAGCUCUGAAUCACCACUUUUAUUUAGUAAACUCAUUUAUAAAGCAGCUUAGGAACCAACUAAACAUGAAGGAUGAAUUACCUUCCUAUCCUUUGAGAUAAGACAUCUUUUGGUUUCAUGAUUAAGGAUUGUUGCUGUUUUAUAGGUACUCUGUUAAUUACAGUGUAAAUGGUGAUGUGUGUCGUAAAUGUGCAGCUAUUUGAGGGAUUAAGGGAUGGAGAUAUUCUGUCAAAUGAAUCUCUUCAGUAUACCAGUUUGUGGGAGGGAUAUGAGACAUGUGGAUGGCAGUGAGAGAUCGUGCCUCUAGAUCUUGAUGGAGGCUUGGUGAGACACACUUAAAUAAGCACAUGGAGGUUAGAGGGCAGAGUAAAAGGAAACUCCAUCUGACCAAGUACACCAAAUGAUCUCAGCCCUGCAACUUGACCCAGGUAGGGCCACCACUACGCCUUCACUUGUCACCCAAGCUCCAACCACAAAGUGUUUGACAAGUUUGUGUUAUGAUGUUGGCUUGGCUUUGUAUUUUUAAUUAACUUUGGAUUUUUAGUGGUUUUAUCAUAUUACUGUCUGAGUUUGGUAGGUAGGAUUACUUUGAAAAGAGUUUACUAGUGUGGUCCUCCGGGUAGAAUUUAGCUGUAAGCAUGUUGUUAGCCAGCCUGUAGACUGUUAAUUACUUAAUAAUCUCAUUGGGAAAAUACUAGUAGUUUUAUAUUUGGAUGACAUAACUGGAGAAGCAGAUUAGCUGCUACUACUUUUAAAGGACUUGAGGUCGGGAUGCCUUUUUUCCCUGUAAGGAAAUGAAAAGAUCAAAAUCUUCAAGCAAUAAGCAAGUUGCAAAAUUAGAAACCAUUGGCUAAAAUGUGUUUUGUUGAGUUUCCAAAUGGAUGAAUUUUCACUUGGACAUUACAUCACUAAAUGCAUUAGAUUUUGUCUGCAUUGGAAAGAUACUUCUAGCAUAUCUUUCACAAAGAUAUCUAAUUUGGAUUCUGUUUUAUGCAAAUUCGCAUCCCAGAGGUUGAAGUUGGAGUUUGAAGUUGGAAAGUAUUUUUGAAGGCAGAAUCAAUUGAGUUGUGAGGGUGAAGCCCUCACAUACUUCUCAACAGACAUGAUAAAAUUCACCUGCAUGAGUUGGCAGGUGGGAGAACCAAACUGGAUCACUGGGUAAGACUACUCAGUAAAGCAAUGAACUGCUUGCUUAGAGAAGCAUCACUAUCCCCAUUGAGAAAAAAUGUGUGGCAAGACGAUAUAGCUACACAGUAUCAAAUGAAUGGGUCAAUUCAGUGCCCCCAAAUUUAAUUAUUUGGGGAAAAAUUAUUGAGCCAGUUGUCAGUGUUCUGUUACACAACUGGCAGACUAAAUUCUUCAUCGUCGUUGUUAUUGUUGUUGUUUCUCAUUUUCACUCAAACAGCCUUAUUCUCAUAAUUAAAACCUGAUUCAUUUUCUCUUUAGUGUUAGCAGACUCCAACAGCAGAAGUGGCAUCUGUGUAUUCAUAAUCAGCAUUUACCCUGGCAGGAGACUAAUCAGAUAGGCCGCUCUCAGACAUUAAUUCUACUAUCUGAUAUUUUUGGUGACGGAAAAAGUGUUAAUUUUCUUUCCAUUCUCCUCCCCAGAAAUAUAGAAGACCUCUUUACCAAAACCAUCACAUUUUACUCUGUAAUCUACCAGCUAAAAGAAAAUUGCAUUGUGGGGAGGGUAGAAAGAGGGUGUGGGUGGGGGUGGAGGGUGGGGAAGCCCCACAAAGCCAGAUUGCAGUUCUUGCCCCUUUUUGCUUCUGACAUGAGAUGUUAAAGAAUUAUUCAUAGUGCUCACAUUGGGUUAGGGGACACUGAACUGCUUUUUAGAUCCAUGAUCAGUCAUCAUUCUUUUAAGAGAUUGGAGCUUUGCUGUUUCAUUAACUGUGCAGUGUAGACUAAUGGUGUUUAAUAAAAAUCAUUCAAAAUUUCAAACCCUUUUGCCAGUGACCUCAAUUUUGUUGGCUCUUUGAUUUGUAUCAGACUUUGAGGAGGGAAGGGGGAAGCGAAGGAAGCCUGCUUCCAGACCCCUGGCAGGAUGCUGCAGUGGCAGACUCAAACUGGCCUGCCUGCCAGCAGUUGCUGGUGAGCUGCAGCAUGCAGACCAGCUGUGGGAAGCCUCCUGAAGAAUGCCACAGCUGAUGCUUUCGGCUGGGAAUAGCUUGUUCCUAUUGGGGAACUCAUUGUUCUCCAGUCUCUGCAGCAGGAAGCCAGCUGUCAUAUCCAGAGGGAAUUUCAGAUGCUUUACCUUUUUAGUUUUGUCCUCCAUCACGCAUGUGGCUAUGAAAUAGAAAUGUCUCUGCGAGUAGAGCCCGAUGUGGUGACAAUGGGUAGUCAAAUGCAUCCCAGAUGCUCAUGCCCUCUUGCGGUUCUGCAGUGCUUAUGAAAUUGGGGGUAACGGAGACCCUGGACAGUAAGCAAAAUUGGAGAAACUCCAACGAGGCUGAGUUGAUGACAUGUUGCCCAGAUCAAGAGCUAGCUUCUCAGCCUAGCAUGUAACCAGUGGUGUGCUGGUAAAAUGUUUAACCAGCUCACUGAGAAUAGAAAGCAACUGGUUUGCACCAUUUGCCGAUCUCCAUGGCAUAAAUACGACCACUUUAGAUGAUUUUAAGCUACCAACUGUGAUGCCACUGAACACAUGGUUGGAAAGAAAUGCACACAGUUGGCUCUUGCAUGCCUGGGCAAAAAUGCUUCAACACACUACUGGAUGCAGCCAAAGAGGGUUCAUAUUUCAGACAUGUGUUCAUGUGGACACACAGAGAUACAUAGACAAACUCACCUUCACACACACACUUCAAUGACUAAAACAGUUACAUAGUUUUAAGUUAUGAAUCAAUCUGUGAAUGUAGAAACUUUAUGAUAAGGCCCUAGAGAUAUGGGCUGUCCUGGAAGCCUAGGUUUUAAGCAGGGGAAUAGCUGAGAAGAAUGAAGCCAUUUUGCAUUGAAAGGAGAUAUGGAUCAAUGGAGAUGAUUUCAUCAUCUCCCUCCAUAUCUCAUAGGUAAAAUGGGUGCUUAGAAAACCCUCAUCAUUGAUUUUUUAAAAAGAUAAAUGUUUUUUAUUAUUAUCAUCAUUAUUUUGAUUUACACAUGUUAUUUGUAACUUUCACAUGUAACUAGGGUAAAGCAUUUACGGGAACUCUAUGGAGAAUAGCACAAUCCAGAAUUUAAUGUAUUUUUUUUGGGGGGGGACGUGGAAACUCAGUAAUUCUCCCGUCUUCACAUUGGUGUUCAUAAGAUUUUUUACUUUGGUUAUUAGGGAAUUUAAGUUUUUUGUUAACAUUUGCUUUUAGUUAAACGUAUCUAAUUACUGUUUUAGCUCUGAAUUCAAACCAGGAUGUUUCUGUAUCAAUUACAUGACUAGUAUUCAGAAACAAUCAUCCAAACCAAAAUAAUUCUCUUUUCCACCCAGUCAAAGAAAACUAAGCUCACUAACAAGAAGACAUACUAAAGUAUAUAGUGAAGCUUUCAUUAAAUACACACACACUCUCUCUCACACAUACAUAUAGUUUUUAAAUUAGGCCUCCACACAUAAAUCAUCUUGAAAGUAGAAUAGAAAAUCUCAAAGAAUUCAUUCUCCUGGUCCUGUGCAUCUUCUGCAGUUAAUAAGAGGUUUGUAUCUGGAAAGAUUGAAGAACGUGUUCUAAAAUCUUAUUUUUUAAAAAAUAUUUCCAUUUUCUAUCUGGGCCUGUGUCCAUGGUUGAAUGUUAGCCCUGGAGGAGAUCCAUGUCGUGCUCUUUCUGGCCCUUGUCUUUUGCCUCUGCAAUUCUUUUUGUAGCUGGCACAAUAGCAGGGACUGGGGGUCUAUCCUUUCAGGGUGUUGCUACAACAUUUGUCCUUACUGGAAAAUGGUAACAUCCAGGGCUGACUGAAUGGCAUUACACACACAGGGACUCUGAGCACCUCCGUCACCACACCAGACAGUGGACAAGUUUUCAUAGCUACAAAGAAUAGAGAUGUGUUUAACAUCAUUCAAUGCAUCCCCUACUUCAAAACCAUCCUAAUCAAUCAUAUUCACCCAUAAAUAUUACAAAUGAGAUUGAUUCUGUCUCAAGACAAUUUGUCAAAUACUUAGUUUUCUUCCUGGAUGAUUCUACUCACUGGAUGUUUUAGAAAGAGAAAUAUCUGAGAUAAAAUCCCUCACAUUUACUCAAUUCUACAAAUUGCUGUUUCUAUUCCUAUUCUGAGUAGUGCUUCUGAAGACUGUUUGUUGUAGUGUUGUCUUUGAUAAAAUGAAUGUCAGUAGUGAGCCUUUUAGAGAUACCAUGCUCAGAAAUCCUCCUGGGGAUCAGAAGAUACCUAAAUUUCUCCCUCUUUGCCCACUUGGUUAGAUGAGUGACAUAUUCUUUGGAUCCUGCAAAGAAGAGACUGGUUUCUUUUCUUUUCUGGUGGUGGUAGUGGUCGUAGCUGUGGCUGUGAUGGUUGUUGUUACUUGUCUCUCUCUCUCCGGCUCUGGCUUUUGCUUUCCUGCUAGUGUUCUUUCUCUUUCAAACCAAAUAGUUAAAUUAAAUGUGAGCCUCUGAAUUGUACUUGUUUAUGCUUUUAAAACAUAACAGAUUAAUAAAAAUAGAUGUGUCCUGAUUUAAAACAUGCCCCCUGGAAAGGCAUGCUGUAUUAUGAAAUCGUGAUAAUAUAACUGCAUUAUUACAUGGCAGUAUAAAUAUUAGUCUGUUGAAUUCAUUUGUCCAGUUGUAUAACUUUGUGGAGCAGUGUUUUGACCUUUGCUACAUAAUUUUGGAGCAAGUGGAGUGGUUGCAGGCAGAUGAGACAGUAUUAUAUCAGGAUUUUUCAAUGAACUUUAGUUGGAGGCCUGGCAAUGACAAACAUCUUCAGAUGUUUCUGGAACCAUUAUAAAUAUGAAAAAAAAAAAAAAAAAAAAAAAAAAAAACCUUUUAAAAAAAUUCCCCAGAUUUUUUCAGUGAAGACUUUUUAAGUACAUCUUUUUUUUUUCCUUUUCUCCAUUUCCUUUUCCAUUAUUUUUGGAGGGGUGGUUGUUAUCAAUGACUGAAGAAAUAUUUUGAUUGCAAGUCUCUCUCUCUCUCUCUCUCUCUCCCCCUCUCUCUCUCUCCCCUCUCUUCUUUCUUCUCUCCCUCUAUCCAUCUCCCCUCAUUAAAAUAUUGAAAGCUGGAGUCUUUGAUAAAUCUGCAUUAGACAAGGCUGUAUGCUAGGAAUGAAAUCUAGGCAAACAUCGAUGGGUUUUCAAAGAACAUUCCAUGUUCACUGGGCCCUUUCACACCCCACAGUGAUAAAUGAAAAGCAUAGACAUAGUUUUUGCAAAAGGGCACUUUGAUGAUAUCCUCUGAGACCUAAUGCAGUUUAACAAAUGACUCCACCUAUUUUUCCAGUAAGUAAAUUGACUGAGACUUGCAAAACACCCCUGAGAGUUGUUAGGGGUGUCUUCUGCCUGGUCUAUAGUGUGUGUGUUUGCUUUGUAUCUAACAGGCACGUUCACGUCUCGUGUGCUCAUAUGAAGUAUUUCCUAACAUUCCCAUUAGCCUGUAUAUAAAAACCAGAAAGAUAAUCCCAACAUGUUGUAAAUGAAGAUGUCACUCUAUAACCUUUCUCUUCUUCUUGGAAAAAAAAGACAUUUUCAUGCAUAUUUUAAACAGAAACUUUGUAUAUUUAAGUGUCAUGGAAAAUAUUUAUUGAGUAACUGGGAUACAAAUGGGAAUUAUUGUCAUCAUAUGCUUCAUGUGUGGGGAUACUCACUAACACCAUGUCGCUGGACCAUUGUGGCAAGCCAUAACUGCACAAAGAGUACAUAGUGUGUGUGUGUGUGCGUGCAUAUGUGCGCACAUGCGUGUGUGUGUCCCUGCAUGUGCAACAUGCCUAGCUUGCUGUCCUUCAUGGGAUUUUAGCUUUCCCUUCUUGAAAAACAUUAUUUUACAGUUCCAGGAGGCCCUGGUUACAUUACUAUAUGAAGGCAGUGAUUUGAAAUGAAAAUUUAUUUCCUCUUGGAAGCUUUGGUCAUAAUAUCAUGGUUCAAUUAAACGGAUUCCACCAGCCUUUGUGAUGGAAGAGGCUCUGUUUAAAUCCAACUGAGUUUCCCAGAGGAAGUUGUAGGCCAAGAGGGAUGAGAGGGAAGAUGGAGGCCACCUCAGCUGCAGCAACAUGAGCUGAGUUGAGCCCGCAGUGUUGAAGUUGACUUGCUCCAAGCUGCAGUCCAAAACCCUGGGGCCCAUGCCUGGCCUAUGCUCCCUCCCCAGUAAGUAGAGGAGCAGAACCAUCAGGAACAGCCUGCCUGGCUCCUAAGAAGAAAAUUACCUGUGGUCCUGUCCCCAGAGGAAGACCCUUUCCCCAGGGGCACCCCAGGUGGCCAUUAAUUUGUGAUGAUCAUUAAGAAAGUGCCCCCUUGGCUUUAUGAGACUCCAGUUAGUCUCUUGAGCCACCUUUCCUUGGGUGCAGAUUUCCAAUAUUCAUACUCAUUGCAGAUCCACCAACUGUCACUGUUCUUAACAAGCAUGCUUGUCUUGUCAGAAUUUCAGUAAGUUCCUAUAUCAUGUACAGACCAGGGUAAACUGUUCUAACAUCAAUCAAUUAAUGAAAUGUUAUCUGGUUUUUAAAAGCUGGUUUCAUGUGCUUUAUGUGUAUAAAACUAUAUCUGCCUGUGUGGCUUUGCAUUUCAAAUAUGUGGCGCACAAGCCUUUUGUUGGUGCUUUGUUAUCAGUACAGUAACUCUGUGUACAAACAUUCUAAUGUGGUUUUGUUGUUUUCCAACAAGAUGUCUCUGUAAAAAUGAUAUUGGCUGAGCUGGUGCGUUGGUUUAUCUCAUAGUGGCAUUAACUAUACUGCCAAUGCAUUGAAUUAUUUAAAAAUGCAAAAUAAAAUUUUUAUGAAAAUCUCA